GGGGCGAGCGGCCCACGUGGAAGAGCGGGACGGCGGCGGCGGCGGCCUGGUGCGGAAAAUGGCAUUUCGAUUUAAUUUUUCUAUUGAAGAAAGUGAAAGCAAUGAACCAGACACUCACGAUAAGACAGAGUUACAGCUGGGCUCUCCCAGACGCUGGCAGGAACCCACAGCAGGAAGCAGGCCAGCUGCUGAUGCUGCAGCAGACCACAGCCCAAGGCUGGCUACUGAUGAGCACCAAGAUGCGAUGCCAUCAAAGAAACAGUUCUGCCUCAAAGCUGCCAAAGAGCACGAUAUUCCCGAAGAUGUUAACCAAGCGUUGGAAAAUAAAGUUGUGGAAAUGGUAUCAGGCCUGUAUCACGUAAAUAUGUCUGUAGUGGAAACGACAGUUUUGGAUGGCUCCCAUGGAGAAGAUAUAGUGUCUAAAAGUGUUUCGUCUCACUCCGAUCUCAUCCCAGGCAUCUAUGAAGGAGGACUAAAGAUCUGGGAAUGCACCUUCGAUCUCAUAGAUUACAUUUCUGAGACUGAAAUGCAGUUUACUGACAAGACAGUGUUAGAUCUCGGGUGUGGGGCUGGACUGCUCGGAAUAGUUGCAUUGAGGGGAAAAGCUAAAGCAGUCCAUUUUCAGGACUACAACAGCACAGUGAUUAAUGAAAUAACCUUACCUAACGCAGUGGCUAACUGUACAGUUGAUGGCAACAGGACUGGCAGUGGAGAUGACAGAAAAACUAGUAAGCCUCCUUCAAAAAGGCUCAAGAAAGCAAAGUGCUUACCUGAUCUACUCACAAAAUGCAGAUUUUUUUCUGGAGAAUGGUCUGAAGUCAGCAAGCUCCUGUUAAGCAGCAAAAAACCCUUUUCGAAGUACGAUCUCAUUCUCACAUCUGAGACCAUCUAUAACCCUGACUACUACAGUGCUUUGCAUGAUACACUGUCUCAGCUGUUGGAUAAAAAUGGCCGUGUGUAUUUGGCAAGCAAAGCAUAUUAUUUUGGGGUUGGUGGUGGUGUCUACCUCUUUGAGAAAUUCAUUGAAGAGAGAAACGUGUUCAGGAUCAACACAGUUAAAACAAUUGAUGAAGGACUGAAACGUUUUAUUAUUGAAAUGGCCUUUAAAAUUUCCAGUUAAAAUUCAGCCAUUGGUGCUUGAAAAACAUCUUAAUAAAAACAUGCUUUAAUCCUCAUCUCUCUGCUUUCCCCCCUCCCUUUUGAGGUUAUUCUGAAUUGACAAGUUAAUGACGCUCUUUACUAGAGAUUGAACUGUUUGACAAAUUCUGAUGUCUGCGGGCAAAGGACUCUUCUCAUUCUUGUUUUGAAUAGAAAA